CUCAAAACAACGUUCCAAAUUUAAAACUUCAAAACGUUCCAAAUUUAAAAAUGUUCCGUUACUGGUUGUGUUUUGUUUUUUUCUUGGCGGGUAACUGCGGCGCGAAUAACUGUAGGGACGCCAACCUUUGCUGUCCGGGGCGGGACAGUGCCUGUGUGGUGCAGAAGGCGCACCAGAACGCGAUAAUUGAGGAUUUGACGGACAAGCCGUGUUACUGUGACCAUGCGUGCUUGAAGUUGGGAGACUGCUGUUCGGAUUUUAGAGAAACUUGCGGAGUGGUCGACUGCGACGUAUCGCCCUGGGGCUCGUGGUCGACAUGCGACACGCGCUGCGGCGCCGGCAGCAUGGUGCGCACGCGUCGCGUAAUUCGCUCCCCGGCGCGAGGCGGCCGCCAUUGCCCCUCGUUGGUGCAACGUCGCGCGUGUCAGGAGCAUCAAGGGUGUCCGCAUGACAGCAUGCUGAUGCAGCGAGAUGAGACGGCGAUGAUUCUGCCCGGCGCUUUGUCAGUGAGCCGCCACUUCAACGCGACCUCCGACAUCCGCAAGAAUCUGCGUAUGCGCAACCCGGACGACCCCGAAGCCAACGCGCACAGAGAAUACUGCGUGGAGUUUCAAGUGACCAAGGUAUCGAAAGCCUGCCACCUGGACUCGGACUACAAGGCGCUGAGAGAAGGCGAGAAAGUGUGCGUACUCUGCGAGGCCGCAGCCCUGCGUCGCGACCUAAAAUGGCGGUGCGGCGGGCACGGCGUCACCGGCCACUCCACCCGUUUCUACGCGCUGGUGGCGCCCCACUGCCGCGGGAAGUGGCAGCGCGCCGGCAGCCCGGACAAGCGCGACCACUGCUGCGCCAACCCUAACUUCAUAUUCGUGUAAAUGCUUAGCUAGAUUAACUUGUAAUGUAUGAGUUAUUUGACAUUCAAUGAAAUCAGGUUCUUAGAUUGGCUUGUCUUAGUUGACUUGAUGGUAAUCACAUUUUUGUAAAAAAAAAUCAUUUAAACAUGACCGCUUAGUGCUUUUUAAGAGUUACUUUUUUUGUAAAAUCCACAGCAAUGUAAAAAACUCGUGGGUAUAAGUGACAGUCAUCACUACUGCGCUUCGCUCUAAUAUGUCUAUUAAAAAACCGGACAAGUGCGAGUCGGACUCGCCCACCGAGGGUUCCGUACUUUUUAGUUUUUUGUUGUUAUAGCGGCAACAGAAAUACAUCAUCUGUGAAAAUUUCAACUGUCUAGCUAUCACGGUUCGUGAGAUACAGCCUGGUGACAGACGGACGGCCGGACGGACGGACAGCGGAGUCUUAGUAAUAGGGUCCCAUUUUACCCUUUGGGUACGGAACCCUAAAAAUGUUAA